GGAAACCGGGUGCCCACCCCUUCUCUCUUCUUCUAUGUUGUCAAACUCAAAGGUGCUGUAUCAUCACCGUCAUUUUUCCUCCAAUCUCAUCAUCCCAUACUGGGCUCCUGGCUAGCUAGCAUUAGCCUCCUCUCUGUUUGGCUCAUAUUGUUCUUCACAGCAGUGAGGACACUGUCCUGAGCAGAUUCUCAUCCAGCAUCUAACAGAACAAGAAGAGAAGAAGCAAGGAGCAGCAUGGAAUGAGGGACAAUAGGCAGAGAGAUGCGUUUGCUCCAGUGAGACCCAUCCACUUACAUGACUUUCCUCCACCAUGAACGUUGUAGCUUUAUCACCCCUGAGUCCUGAGCCUUCCUCCCCAGUGUUAAUGUCGAUGACUCCAAUAACCCCAAUCCUGGACCCAGACAUCUCCACAUCUUCUACCGUGAACACCGGUCCUUCUUCCAACGUGAAUCUGGACCAUCAGUCCCUGGAUGGAGACUCUUCAGCAGGCCUGAACCCUAGCCAAGAAGUUGGAGGACCUAACUUUGAGAAUGACUUUUCUCAGAGGACAACGAAGCCUCCACCGCUUCACACUGGUGCUGACUGGAAAGUCGUCCUCCAUUUACCAGAGAUUGAGAAGUGGCUUAGAGCAACCAGCGACCGAGUCACACAGCUCACACACUCUGUUGGUCAAGACAGUGACAACAGACAUGUUGAUGUUCAUCUGGUGCAGCUGAAGGACAUCUGUGAGGACAUUUCGGAUCAUGUGGAGCAGAUUCACGCCCUGUUGGAGACUGAAUUCUCCCUGAAGCUUCUCUCCUAUUCUGUUAACAUCAUUGUUGACAUCAGAACUGUGCAGCUGCUGUGGCACCAGCUGAGAGUAUCUGUCCUAGUCCUGAAGGAGCGUCUGCUGCAGGGUCUGCAGGAUUCAAACGGAAACUUCACACGUCAGACAGACAUUCUCCAGGCCUUCAGCCAGGACCAACACCAGAAACGUCUGGAUGCUCUGACUGAAGUGGAUGACUGUGGUCAGCUGACCAUACGCUGCAGCCAGGACUAUUUCUCUCUGGACUGUGGCAUCACUGCCUUUGAGCUGAGUGACUACAGUCCCAGCGACGAGCAGAGAGCAGAACCCACAGGUCAGGACCAGUCCCAGGAGAGCAAGUAUACCCGAGUCUCCAGCCAAAAACUCCACAACAGUCUACCAGAACUCUGCAUGGUGGCUGAUUCAGAAAACCACAACCAACCUCAGUCUAUGUUACCCACAAUGCACUGUGGCAUGUCAAAUAAAAAUGAAAGCUCAAAGCGCCCUCUGCAGGACGUGAGUCUCAGUACUGAAGUGUCGCCUACACACCUGUCACUUGCCAAGAGAGCUGCUUUGCUCUUGAAUGGAGAAACCAAGAUGGAGGACUUGACUAGGAGUUCUAGAGGGGCUAGCCUGCAUCCUGGGAUGCAGCUUCACGGUGAGCUGAGCCAAAGCACCCCAGCCCUUGUGGACCCUCUGGACCGGUCCAGGUUUUGUUUGGAACUGGACUCUGUUUAUCCAGAAACUGUUCCACAGUCUUCUGAGAGCUUACAGGUAAAGAAGCACCAGGGACGACACUCCUCACAGGGACUGAAGCCUGACAACAGGAGCUCAUCGGGGACCGCCCCCCCACCUCUAACCAGUCUCAAGUCUCAGGAUGAUAUAAUAAACCAGACGGAGAAGACACUGGAGAGGACACAUACACCCAGCAAGGGGGGCUUUGACUCAUCCUCGCUCUCCCCCACGCGGGAGCAGAUCCUCUCCUCAGACCUGGAGGCGUCUGGAGAGGAAUCCGAUCCCCAGCUGUGUCCCGACAAGACACCAGUCUGGUUCAUGAAGCAACACGGGCACAAGACAUUUCCUGCGGCCGGUCCAGAGCACUGGUAUGGUUCGGAGGAGUUCUUGGCUCUUCCUGCUCAGCUCCAUAAAUCUGAGAUCCUCGCUAAGAAACUAGAGAGUCUGACCCAGUCUAUCCCCCUGAUGAAUGUCAGCUCUACACAGAUGGCGUUGCAGGAUGUGGAUGACUGGGAGCUGACCGAGUUCAACACAGACUGGGACAUAGAGAGCAGGGGCAACGCUCUAUCGACUCUGCCACGGAUGCACCGAAACCCCGUCAGCCGCUCAAGCCCCGCCUCCUCCAGUGAAAGAGCACCCUCACUGGAUGAAAGUCUAGAAUCUGGCCCUUUGAGUGACCUGCAGUCUGAGGAAGAGGAAGAGAGGAGGACUGCGGGAACCUUGGAGCUGACAACGCCCCCUGUGGAGAGACGUGCAUGCGUGUCUCUGGUGCAACAGCUGCUGGAGGACAUUCAGGAUCAGGACCAGGACCCCUACGUUUGGAUGAAGAUGGAGUGUUUUGUACAGAAGUUGGACCGGUUCAUCUUGUGGCUGAAGGAGGCCCUGGACAACACAGAGAACUGGACACAGCCCAGACAGGACCUGGACAGCCUGAGGGUGUACCUGGAUACUCACCUGAGUUUCAAGCAGAACGUUGACAGUCAUGGUCCUCUGAAGGAAAGCAUCAUGGAGGAAGGCCAAGUGCUGCUCAGCGCCAUCACUUCUCACCAGUUGGCUCUGAAGGAUAUCCUCCAUAUGGUUGCAAGCCAAUGGGAUCAGCUCCAGCGGCAAAUCCGGCGUCAACAUGGCUGGAUGCUCCGCGCUCUCCGUUGCAUCCAGUCCUGCCUCCUCUACACCAGCCAGUCACAUGAGCCUUAUACAGCCCCACUGGAUUCAUCAGCCCAUCUGAGACCAUCGUGCACCACCGAAGGCUUCAAGGCAGAGCUGAUGGUCAGUCAGCAGGAAAUGAAACGAGCUGCUCUGGAGAAGAUGACAGUUCAACUGAGCAGUCUGAAGUACCCCUCAUCACCCCAGGGGUACGACAACCAGCUGGCCCGGAGCAACAGCCUGCAGGAAAUUGAGGUGGAGUACCAGGAGUUGUGGGAUUGGUUGAUGGACAUAGAUGCUAUGGUAACAGACAGCCAUCUCCUGGUGAUGUCAGAAGAGCAGAGACGUUACCUCUUCAAGAGCAGCUACACUGAGCUGAUGAUGAUGGAGAGCAGGAAAGCCAGUCUGCUGAGCCGUGCUGCGUCUUUCAACAGAAGUGGCAAUGACCUACCCAACAGCUUCCACGACAGAAUGCACAACCUCACACACACAUGGAGACAACUAGAGAAAAUUCUCUCAGAGCAUUCAAUGUCCUGCUCUUCUGGGCAAAGGCUACCAUCCAAUGAGAACACUGUUCUGGUGGACAGUCAAGGCGCUGCUGCUGCAACCCCCCGCUCGGCCUUGUCCCCACUAACUACUUCACUCCUGGAGCAGCUGGAGGCUCGGAUCAAGGAGUUGAAGGCAUGGCUGCGAGACACAGAACUACUCAUCUUUAACUCCUGCCUCCGACAGGAGAAAGAUGCCUCUGAGCAACUUCCAAGCUUCAAGUCGCUGAGUUCAGAGAUCCGAGCCCGACGCAGAGGAGUCGCUUCGGUUCUGAAACUGUGCCAGAAGUUACUGCAGCAAAGCCAGUCGGGCCCGAUGGCUGAGGCGGGCCCCGAUGCAGAGCAGCACCGAGAAGCCCUGCAGCUGUUGUCGAUCAACUUGGAGAGGCGGUGGGAGGCGAUAGUGAUGCAGGCGCUGCAGUGGCAGAACCGGCUGAAGAGGGAGCUGGGAGAGCAGCAGGUUAAUGAAAGCUUUCUGGAAGUGGGCUUAGUGGAUCUGUGCCAGAUCAGCCCGGUGUCAGCAGGCCCCGUGGCGCUGGCGCCAGAUGACUCUUGGGAAUGGGAUGAAACAGAUUUGACAAUCCAGGACGCCGAACCACAAGAGCCUGAUCUCACUCACAAUCUCCCCACAAAACCAAAUCUACCAGUGAAUGGUGCUCUGUCCAAAGUACAAGGCCAGCUUGUCAAUGUGAGGUUGGAUGUCUCAACUACUCAGUGCAUGGAAAUCUCUAGUAUGAUUGGGGGAUCUUCACUGGAAGUUCAGAACAAAAUGAACUCCAAAAGAGCCCCUUCUAACAACAACAUAGUGCAGGUGUUUAGCCUUUAUAAUGCUGAAGUAUGCCAACAGCCUCAGUUUCCUCUUACCUCCUCCAUGAGGCACAAAACCAAAUCCUCUAAGAAGAAACAGAAGCUUCUCCUGAAGAGUAUCAGCAAAGAUUCGUCGUUUUCUUCCAUUGAAUCUCUUCCAGACCUCCUGGGAGGUUUGAUGUCAAGCGGCCAACAAGGAAACAGGAUUCUUGGAGUUUGGGAUAGACAAAGUGAGGGUGGCAGGAAAAGUGAGCAGUCAGAAAACAGUUGCCGUUCGGAUUGCGAGAGUGGGAUUGUUAGUGACACAGGAGAUGCAGAGACAACCACAACAAACUCUGAAAUUCAAGCAGAUGAGGAUGAUCAGUGGAGAGAAGAAGAAGGACAAAAGGAGUGGAGAAAGAACGGUGCUGUGAUUGGACAUCAUUUAGCGUUGCAAAGAGACAACAUCACCAAUAGAAGUAGUGAAGCAGAAAAGGUUAGGGAGGAGGGAGGGAGGACAGAUGAGUUCAGGAAUGAAACUAAAGAGAUCACUCAGGAAGAGGAGAAAAGGAGGGGAGGAGGCAAAGCCGCUGAAAUUCAAACAAAUGGACACGGGAUAAUCACACUUACAUCUGAAUUCCAUGUUGAGGGAUUUGACGUUGACUCUUCCAAGCCUCACAGUUCCCUACUGUUUAAAGCUGACCAGUUUGAUCAUUUGGAGGCUUUUCCUGUUCAGGACCAUCAGCCGUCAAGUCCAAUUUUAUCUCAGCACUCAUCCUUGGAGUCUCUCUUGGCACUGGAUGUGGAGUUGUUCCCCUCCAAAGAUCCUCUUCAUCGUAGUGCCUCCCUCGAGAGCUGUCUAAAUCCAUGCCUCAGCACUGAUGGGGAGGCAGGAGGCAGCCCUGCUGGCCUGGAGGAGCUGGAGCCAGGAAAAGAAAAGUCAGCAAAAGAAAUCAAAACAGAACGUAAUAAUGGAGAGUCAACCUCUGGGGAGCUGAGCCGAAGAACACUUGAUCUCCUGAAACGUUUGGAGAACGUCCAGAAUCCUUUGGUGGCGAGCAUGACUCGCAGUGUUUCUGACAUGACCCUUCAAAGCAGCGCCCCACAGAAGGAGUUGGCACCUGUUUCACCCUCACUUGGUAGUCGACACGCACAUCACUCAGGGGUCUUAAGCAGGUCCCGGAAGGAGCUGGCACCAAUGAUGAACAAAAACUCUUGUAAUACAUCACUAACGGAGCUGAGUAGCACUGAAGAUUCAUCAUUCGGGUCUGAGGAUUUGGUCAUAGGCAGAAAUCAGAUGCACCUUUUCCUAGAUCCAAAUAGUGAAGUUAAUGCUAAGUUGAGGCCUUGUAGAAGACAUUGUAACAACAACAAUCAGGGUGGGCAAGGACUAGAUGGAACAGAUGUUGCGAACUUGAGCAUGGUAGUAAAUGUCUCUUGCACAUCCUCGUGCACAGACGAAGACGAGGACGACAGUGACCUGCUUUCUUCUUCUACUCUCACGCUCACUGAAGAGGAACUUGGUGUUCGGGUUGAAGCGGAUGGAGAUCGGGGGAGGCCGAGUGGUGCGUCCUCCUGCAAUGAGGAGGAGGACGAUGACAAGGAAGAAGUGGAAGGCCCUUAUGUCCUGGGGCUUCAGUACAUGAGGCAGGAAUUACAGAGUUGCAUCCGAUGUCCUCGCAUCGCUACUUCUUCCUUGCCUAAAACAGAAGUGGGUCUCUGGGAUGAGCUGCAGUGUGGGAACGCUUCAUCUUCUACCUUCACAUCUUCAGGUGCUAAAUCAGUAGAAACCAAUAAAACGGACAUCAACAAUACAACAAAAAGAAAAGAAAGAGAAAAAGAAGCCAAGGACAAAAGCAACACCGCUAGAAGCUACAUCUGCCAGUUUGUGGAUGACGUGGAGAAUGGAAAUGUAGACCAGAGUUGCUUAAAAGGGACAGAUGAAGAUGAGCUUCUUCGAGAAGAGUCUAGCGUGUUAACUAAAAAAGGAGAUUCUCUAAGGGAGUUAUAUGCAAACGAGUCAUAUGAAGAUUUCAUACAUUCAAGAGCAAACAUGGAGUCAGAUUCAGCAAGGCAUCUUUGUUUUUCACCAUCUUGUGAGCUCCUCUCCUUCUCUCCUAAGCCUGCCUCCUCUAUGGUGGGACAAUUGAGGGGGGAGCUGCCCUGCCACAGUUCUUCCCUCCAUUCACCUCCAUCACUUUCACCAGUUGAGGAUUGCAGAUCCAGUUGUGCUUUACACAGCAGCAAACCAGAACCUGGGGGAAGAAAAGCCAUAACCAGUGAAGAAAAGUUCAAGUUCUCAUCUAUCGUGACUGAGGAGACAAGGAAAGAAACCAGAGCAAAAGAUUUGUCUCAGCCUCCCAGAAAAUGGCACAAAUCCCACUCCUCUUGCCAUAACCAUCUUCCCUCCCCAUCUGCUGCUCAUACCAAAAGUGUGGAUAGGGGCAAGAAAGAGAACGUGCAUGCCUUUGUGAUGGAGAUCAUUGACUUGGCUUCAGUGGCCCUGAAAAACAAAGACAACCAGACGGAAGGGCUGAGCCUGAGUGAAACCAGUGGAUCCAUCCAAGACCAAAAUCCUGCAUCAUUUGCAAAGAUAAGAGACAAGGUGCUUGAACAUUCACAUCGACCUCUCCAGCUUCGUAAAGGAGACUUCUAUUCCUACCUCUCCUUGUCCUCUCAUGACAGUGACUGUGGUGAGGUUAGUCAGUGUGCUGAGGACAAAAGCUCCACCCCUGUUCCCUACAGCAUCCCCUGUUCCACCACACCAACACAAGACCUCCACAGUCCAAGCCCUGAGCUGUUCACCAACACCACACAGCUCACCUCAUAUUCCCAUUCGGACCAGGCGUCCACACGCCUCUCUCCUAGCCCUGCGUUUAAGAGCAACAUGUGCAGUUUGGAUUUGGAGUCUGCUGAAAGCCCAGUUGAAAGGUCCCCCAGCCCCUCUCGGUCUGUCCCCCCCAGUCCUGACAUCAGGGAUGAAGAGACACUCUUUGCACCAUGUACAGAGGAGGUCUACCUGGGCCCGCCCCUGUGCUACAGCAUGGUUCUCACCAAGAAACCACAACGUCUGUUGUCCAAGCCGAGCUCUGAAUUCUCAUCGAGUGGUGUCUCUGAGCCCAAUGAAACUGCACCCUGUUCAUCUCAGCCGUACAACUAUUUAAUCCAGGGCAACAUUUCAAGUGAGCACCCUCCCUCACAGGAAUCUGGGAUGGGACGGUUCCAAGACAACCUGCAUUUUGAAAGACCAAAAUAUGGAGAGAAACCUCUGAGAUCUCUUCAAUGUUUCUCUGAACCUUGUGACAGCUCAUUUCCAUCCUUUCCACUCCACAGAAGUGACUCUAGCUCUCCUAAAGUCCCUCCUUCCUGUCCGUGCUUUGUGUCCUCCAGCGUAAAAGGAGAAAAGCCCAGUGAGGGAUUGUCCCUCUCCUGUGAUGUUGCUGCAGGAGGAGCUGCGGCUGCUGCAAGUGUCAGCACGCCGCUGGAGGAGAGGAGUCGUAAUGAGGGGCCACCUUAUCUUAAUCCAUGGGUGCAUGUUGCCCUGAUAGACUCCUUCGCAGCUGAAUGUUUGGAAGAUAUUAAAACGCUUGAAUCCAAUAUGGGCGCCAUAAUGACCAAGAUAAGUGUCUGCAGCUCCGCUACAAAUCCCUCAAAAGAGCCAACCACUGCUGCCACACGUUUUAUUCCUGAAAUUAACUGCUCAGCGAUGGAAACGACUGAUAGGGGGGUGGGAGUGAGGUGCAAAGAGGCAGAUAUUCUACAGGCAACGCAGGAGGAGAAGGAAAGGACAGGGUGGAGCCGCUCGCAGCAGGAAGCAAAGACUACGAUGGUGAAACAGACCACCUGCUCCAGGAUUUGACCAGAAAGGAGUGCUCUCCAUCUUUCCACCAGGAAGUGACACAACAAGGCAAACUCCAUAAGAUGACCUUCAUCUGCUUCUGACGCAUCUAACAUUUUUGAUGUCCCUCCUCCGACUGCUGUUGACUUAAAUAGACUCAAACCUGAUGUCAGGAGGACGCUCUGCUGACGUCUGCAUGCUAUGAAUGAGGCACAUUACAAUAUUUGUCAGACCUUUGAUUAUGAAGCAGAUUUAGGAGCCUGGCUGUAUGUUUUUAAGCUACUCGGAUCAUUUAUUGUUAAGAAUUACAUUAGGCCACAUUGAAGAAUGGGAUAAAAAAGCUGUGAGAAUAUGUUUAAGAUUUCAAUUCAUUCUUAGGAUUAAAGGAGGAAAAGACAUAAAGAGUGUAAGAAUGUGACAACAGGGAGAUGCGUCAUUAAUGCAGGCGUUCCUCUGUCCAGCAUCGUUUUUGUACUGGCAACAGAAGCUCUGGUCAAAAACAAGCACCGUCACUCUCCCCUCACACAAGCCUGUGACAUCUGUUAGGUGAAAGGAAUGAAACUAUAACAAGUACAGUUGUCUGGCUCAGAUCACAAUACUAAACACUUCAUCUACACUAGUAUAGAUGUGUGUUUGUCUGUUUAUGAAAAGGUCUCCAGCCUCACACACAACUCAGAGACGCCCUCACUGCCCACCACGAGGGGAGAGACCCACAUUCCGCUCAGAUCAGUUUAAUCAGAAGCUUUAAUGGAUCUGGAUCAACAGCUCUACGGUUUUCUUUGUAGUUUGGAUUUUUUUAAUCCUAAUUUUUUUCAUUAAAACCUCAUUUUGUGUGUAGAUAGGAGGUGCAAACCCACUUAAUAACCCUAAUUAUUUAAUAUGUGUAAAGUAGUUUACAGAAGAAAGGUUUAAACUACAUUCUGACCUCUUCCGGUUAUGAAAACAUAAAACAUCAUAACCCUUUUGGAAAAAUGAAUUUGUUUGAUUCUUUAAGAGCCAACAGGAUGAGGAGGGUUUCCCCGUCAGACCUGGGCGCUACGACCACACGUCACUCCUCUGGUUAGUUUGCGUGAUGAAUGUCAGUGUCAGAGCGUUUUCUGUUGCAGUAGGUACAACGGCUCUGCUACGUAUGUGUGCACACGUUUAAACUGCACAUUGUUUCAUCCAUAUGCUGCUUGUUUACUCAGGUGACUCUGUGCAUCGAGUCAGGGUUCACUUAGUAAAACUCAGUUUUCUGCAAUCAUGGGAUCCAUGGGAACCGCCUCACCGUUUGUGAAAUGUAGAACAUGUAGCACCGGAGCACCAUGUACUGUUGCAAUCACAGGAAAAUCCCCUUUUACUUAGAACGGGGGAAAAUUUAACGUAGUUAAAUCAGAGCAAAAGACGGCUUUGUUCGAAUAUCUAACGCCUAAUACGUUUCUUAUGGAUCGCCUGUUACAACUGCCAAAUGUCAAACUGAAAACCCGCUGAUUCCUUGCAUAGAACAUGCCAUGAUCCCGGCUGAAGCUACCUUCAUUCAUCUUUAUUAAAGGAGCCGUUUGUGUUGGUGCUACUGAGGCAGCCUCUACACAUGGAGUAAAGUUUUCCAAUCGUUCCCUAAAACGUAGCAGAAGAAUCCUCGACGUUUAUGAUCACACGUACGACAAACUUUUACUUGAACCCGAGAAGUGUGGAGCCACGCGACGUGUGUGAGCAGAACCUAAAUCUAUCCUCCAAGUUGUUAGACGUGUUUGUUGAAAGCCACAUGAGACGUCCAAAACAGAUCCAAAAUUAGAGUUGAAUAAUACCAUAAGAUCUAUGCAACACAACCAAGAAAGCUAGAGCUCUGCUGCGUACGCGCGGAGGGUGAUGGGGGUGUUGUAGUAAAAACCACGGUGUGUAUUGUGUUGCUUUUGUGAACUACUGCUGGCAUGAUUAGCUUUGAAACUGGUGUCAGGGUUAUACAGUUAAACAUACGUUUGUGCCUUGCUCUGCUCUGACUCUUCCUACCUUUUGAUUUAAAAGCCCUUUUCCAGGAAGUAAAUGUGCAACCGUGAAGUGAGACGUAAAUGGCUGAAAGGCGGUUUUUGUGUGAUCCAGUACUCGUACGGGUACAACACAGGAGGAGGCGUGGUUGUUGUUGAUGUUUUUUUUCUGUUUCUGUCACUUUUCAUUUCUUUACUGUCAAUAAACUGCAUGGUUACUGCUAACUACUAUGUAAAGCCAUCUGUUGACAAAUAAACUGAAUUUACUGGAAAACCCUCAAAA